AUGGGUGAUGAAAAAUUGAUUACAAGUAUACGGAGCCAGUUAAAUCGUCUUAUGUUGCAGUUGGCUGAAAUUGAGCUUGAAAAAGAAUCUUUGGAUGAACAGGAGUACUUAGAAAUCAAAAAUGAUUCAUUGGAGCAACUGAAGGAAUUGGAACAAUCGUUGAAUCGUAUGGAAUGUGGAGAUGUUUCAUUAAUUGACAAGUUGACGGCUACAAAAAUGUCAAGCAGGCUAGCCUUUUAUUUGCAGGAGAUCCGAAACGCAAUCAGUGAAGCAUUCAAAAUACCUGAAAUCAUUGCAAUGUUUGGAGAAAAAGAUCAUGAUUUACUUGAUCACGAGAAACCUCAUGAAGAUGCUUGUGAAGUUUACCAAACUCAUUUAAAAUUAGUUUCUGUUUGUUUAACUCAUGGCGAAACAUCAUUUAUAUUUUCUAGUCCUGUUAUGUAA